AUGGGACAUGAUAUUAAAGGUUUUUCUUGCGCAUUUGCAGUUGGUUUAUUAUUUAAUAUUUUAGCAUGUAUAGUUUCUCACUCUGGUUAUCCAAUUAUAGUUGUUGCAUCAUAUUUUCUUGCUCCGUUCCCAAAUAUAUUAUGUAGAAAUAGAGAUAGUUUUUCAAGUGAAAAAGGAACAUUUGAAGAUAUUGGGUUAUUUUUAACAGGUCUAUUUAUUACAUCUGGAUUUGCAAUUCCAAUGAUUUUAGCCCAUUCAGAUAUUAUUUCAGGAAAAGCACUUGCAUUUUCAAUGGCAGGCGGUGUUACAGUUUAUGCAACAAUUAUUACAUUCCUUUGGUUCUUUAAUAGACAUAAUGAUGAAGACAAUAAUUGGUAA